AUGGCUCUGCAACCUACGACUUUAACGUCUGCAGUUCACCCUGGCUCGGUGACGCUCUCUGUGAUCUCUGAGGAGGAGCUUGGCGAUGGUGCGUCUGGUGCGUCUGGUCAUAGAAGUAUCCCCGAAGUCUACGCCUGGGGAAAAUCUCGUUUCUAUGAAUAUUUGGCGUUGGAACUGUUAGGCAGGAACGUUCUUGAGGAGAUACCAUCAACGGGUCCGUUGACUUUGCGGAAUCUGGUGUCAUUGGCAUGUCAGAUGCUCGAUGCGAUCGAACGUGUCCACGCACACGGAAUCGUCCACGGCGGCAUAAAGCCCGAUCAUUUUCUUUUCGGACUAGGACCUGGACCGAAAACGGGUCAGAUAUACCUAAUAGACUAUGGACUUGCGACGCGGUAUACACGUCCUACUUCCGAAGGACCGCACGAAUACGAGCACGUGAAGCCGUACGUGUUACGAGAAGCGCGUGGGACGCUCGAUUAUGCGAGUAUCAACAUACAUCUCCGACGCAGUCCCUCACGCACAGACGACCUCGAAUCCCUCUCCUACACCCUCAUUCGACUCCUCUGCGUCUCCCUCCCCUGGUCCACUCCCGACAUGUCCCACUGGCCCACGGAAGUCGAAAUCAUGAACCAAAAGAGUGAAUGGAACGGUAUGGAUCUCUAUCCUCACUACGGCGGUAUAUUCGGGAGUUUCGUGGAUUAUUGUAGGGCGUUAGGCUUUGAGGAGAGGCAGGAUUAUAAGGCUUGGAGAGGACGUUUCCUAGACCUCGUUGCGGGAUUGGGAUUGAGCGGGACACCGUUAUAUGAUCCCGCGGAUAAGAGUAGCCCGCCUAUCGAACCCCCGCCCACGAACGCCACUCCGUUAACACAUCCCUCUCGCCCACUUUCAACGAUCCAGACCCCAAAGCCUACGUUCCAGAACUCCCAGACGAAGACGACGGCUGAAGACGUUCUAGAAGACGAGAAAAGAAUCGUGCGGAAAUAUGUGGGUAGGAUCGGGGCGGUGCCGGAGAUGGGGAGGAGGAGAUGCUUUAAUGUGGAGAGUAUGUUGACGGAGGACGAGGAAGAUGAGGAUGAGGAGAGGUUUGGGGGACCGUGGGCGGUGGGGGUGUAUAAUCGGGUGGAAGAUUGA